AUGUCGACCGGACCAUUGCGCAGACAUCGGUCGACGUCGCGCAGCAGUUCGACGCGCGCCGACAACUCCUCCCUGCCACCACCUGCCCCCAGCACCACGCCCAGGGCCGCCGAGUUCGAGCCAUGCGCCGCCACCGCAUCCUUCUUCCUCUACGCCCAGCGCAACACUAUCCUGUGCCUCCACCAUGAUACUUUGGCCAUUGAACGCCGCUUCGGCCGCCACCGGGAGGACGUGUCGUGGAUUUCUGCAGACAAUGUAAGCGAGAGAGGCGCUGGUCGACUAGUGGUUAGCUACGAUGUGGGGAACACGGCCAUUGUUUGGGACCUCCUCACGGGCGACGAGGUUUCGCGUUUCGCGUCAUACGAACAAAUCAGGACCGCUGCUUGGAUGCGCAAUGGAAAUAUUGCUUUUGGCAACUCCCAGGGAAACAUUAUUCUCUUCGAACCAGCCACCUCCGAGCAUAUCUCGGCGAGGACAAUCUUCGACCCAAUCACAGCUCUUGCACCAGCUGCCGACUGUCGUACAUUCGCCAUCGGAUAUCUCAACGGGUCGAUCCUGAUUGCGUCGCUCCAACCUUCAUUUACGAUUUUGCACACCCUCACGACGCAAAAGACCCCGUCGCCGAUCAUCAACUUGGCCUGGCAUGGCUCUUCUUCAAAGCAAAAAUCAGAUAUGUUGGCGACGCAGAUGUCGGACGGCGAUCUGCGUGUUUGGAGUGUAGCCAAAGCUCCUCACAAUGAUCCUCCGUGCGUGAUCAGAAUUUUGAACCGUUCUGAGAACAGGGAGGUCGGCCCAUGUUGGUUUGCCUGGUCCAAGAAUGGCAGAAUCGUGCAGUACUCCGAAGGAUCCACCUACGCCUGGGACGUGCGCACCAAAAAGGUCACUUACGAGGUGGUACCAACAAUAGACGGCGUCACGGCCAUUGCCAAUUACGGCCCUCAGGCUACUCUGUUCACCCUAGGCCGAAACCACACUGUGCAACAGUACGAUCUCAACCCGAACAAUGCGCCGAUGCUUGUUGCAAAUGUUCAGCAUGUUCCGGCAAAUGCUCCCCCUUCACCGCCAAAUUCGAUCGAGGAAAAGAAGGAGCAGACCAGUGACACCGAAACAGCCUCUGCGCUACCCGUGUACCUGGACUCUGGGGCAAGCAGUGAAGAUGAGGGUGUAGCCAUGUCUCCUCUGCAAAAGAUUGCACAGGAAAUGGACCAAUUGGAAGAGGAGCGCCGUGACCGUGUUGGUCCCCUGAGUCCUGUAUCGAGCAGGUCUUCCACUACUUCUCGUUCCUCGGGUGGGUCAAGAAAGCACCGCUACCGCUAUGACAAGCCAUCAUCCCGCGAUUCCGAAUCAACGGGAGGAUCGACAAUAUUUUCUUCGGGUUCAUCGACAAACUCUGGGCCGUCUUACCACGGACGUGAGAGCAUGUCGAUCCGCUCUGGAUCAUCAUACGCCUCCUCCUCCAAGCAUAGGUCAAGACCCUCUGGGCUGCGACAGGAGGUUCUUCGCAGUCCGGCAGAAGAUGCCAACCAGGAAUUGGACCUGUUCCCAUUUGCCAAAGCCCGUCUCAGCGAUGUUCCAUUCAGGAUGCCUCAGCCUGGCGCAGCGAAAACUCCCGAUGAUCUUCGACUCCAAAUGUUAAGCGUUGUUUUUGGCUGGGAGGGAGAUAUCGAGGGUCUGGUUCGCGACGAACUAAGCCGUCACCAGCCAGGUUCCGCUACCGGUGUUUUGCUUUCAAAAUGGCUUGGUGACAACGGCGCCGACCUGAUGGCUUCCAUGAUUGGCUCCGAGUCAAUGACUUCGUCCGACUGGAUGCUGCUCGCACUAGCCUCAAUAGGCAAAGACUCACAGAAGAAGGUCGGCGAAGCAUUCGUGCAGCGACUUCUGGAGAAGGGCGAUGUCCACCCAGCUGUUGCUAUCCUUCUCGGCUUAGGCGAACCAAACGAAGCGAUAGAGGCCUACGUCACCCGCAAGAAAUACUUGGAAGCAAUUUUCCUUACAUGUCUCCAUUUCCCGGAAGACUGGCAGCGGAUAUCCCAUCUCGUGAGGAAAUGGGGCGAAGUUGCGGUCACGACUGGCAGCCCAGAGCUUGCUGUCAGAUGCUUCUACUGCACCAGUUUUGAGUCGACGGAACCCUGGUCCUCGCCGCGUGCGCAAGACGCUGUGUUUUCUGCGCAAAAGGAGCAGCAGCAAAUUUCCUUACAAAUCAGCCCUCCUUUGUCGCCGCCCCCAGGAUCCGUUGGCUCCAGCCGCGUGAAGAACGCAGCUCUAAAGCUUGUUACCAACUUUGAUGACAAGGGAUCAAACUUCCUCUCCGCCCACGAUGACCGCACGGCUGUAGGCAUAACACCGAUCGCUCAGUCUGCCCUAUCGCCUUCAGGUGGAAACAACCCCUGGUUGCGGCCCAGUGCCAGGACGCGGGAACCAUCAUCUGCCAGGACCGCCACUCCUGGAGGUUACAUGCGAAAGCGCUUCCCAUCGAAACCGGACUUUGACAGGGGCACGCCAAUCGAACUCAACGUUCCUGAGUUUGGUGGAGAAACCCCUCAACCCACGACUGCCGUAAAGGAGACCGACGAUCAGAUCGAUUUGCCAUUUGUGCAGGAGCCGGAACCUAGCUUGACUGCCCAAGCUAGUCAAGAGGAGCCGGAAGAGGAUGCGCCGAUGCUAUUGAGCGCAGUCUCGUAUGAUCCAAAGACAUCCAAGGCCAGGUUGGCCGAAGACCCACUUCCUUCCCCUGCACACGGCGUUUUUGAGCAACUCAGACAACGGGAAACCAGCAGGCGCAACGAAUCUCGGGACAGGAAACCUGAUGGCCUUUCGGUUGAUAUCUUGGACACUGUUGAGACUGGCCCAAACUCCGGGCUCCCCUCCAGCCGUAUGGGAGAGCUCAGCCCGCCUUCUACUAGCAACAGCUUGAAGAGUGCCAAGGUUAGAAGCAUCGACCAAUACAUCAGCAGUCUGGAAGAAGCCAACUACCACGCACGCAAGCAGAAGCGGGUUCCGAGUCGUAGCCGUGCCGUGAGUCGGGAACGUAGGGGCCGCCCCACCGAAGAGACGCGUGAACCCUCCCAAACCCGGGGUCGCUCUGGAGUUCGCUACAUCAAGCCUGCGAAGCGCUCGCCGUCUUCCCCGGUGCCCAUGUCUCCCGAGGACGCGGGAAUCUUCAAUGAUAGCAACAACAGCAACAACGAGAGCUUCGAUGAUGAACGCUACUACAAGGUCACGUCUCCAGUUGAGCCUCGGCCACGUAGUCGAAGCCGUGGUAACUCCAGGGUCCGAUCUGCGUCAAAGGUGUCUGAGCGGAGAGCGCGCAGCAAGAUGGGACGCACACCUAGCAGGAUGGCUAGCCGCCACGCCAGCCCUGAGCGCCGUGACAGUCUAGAUGACGGAAACAUCGCACCUCCCAAGAUCUCACCUGUCCCUCUUCCUGAGCUACCCAAGGACGAUGCGGAUGACGAAGAACCGAUGCCAGUUGCUUCGCCGAGAGUGCGGCAACGGAGCACGAGCCGACGCCCUAGUACUCGAGAGCGGUCUCUUAGUCGUAGGCGCGAGACUUCUGAUUCGCAUGUCCGGCCUCAAACGCCAGAGAUGCCGCACGAUCGGCAAUCCUCGCGGGUGCGUGUGCCUAAGAUUCAGACAGACUUCACAGAGGUCACAUCUAGGCCACUGACGAAGAAAGAGCUCGCGCAAAGGGAGCUCGAGGAACGGCGUAUGUCUUUGGCUCGCAGGCCCUCUGCUCCUGUGAUCCCACACCCGCAAGAUCUGUCAAGGCCUCAGUUGUCUGGUCGCUCUUUGACCGAUAUGAGCAACUCUCCGCACUCGUAUCUCCCACCUUAUAGCGACAGGAUCUCUCGCAGCCACACUGUGGAUCCCGAUGCCAUGAUGCGCUACAACCCCAGAGCUACCUUUGGCACCUCGACAACCUCGACUCCCAUUGGUCUUCCCGCGACACCGCGUGCUCUCCGUCAUCCCAGAUACAUGAGCAGCGAUCCCCAUGAGCGGGAUGCCGUCCCUGCUGUGCCCGAGAUCCCCGAACAUCACAUCAUUCAGGUGCCAGACAUCAACGAGAGCCAAGACGAUGUUGCACCACUUUUGCCUUCAACGGUUUAUGGUCAGAAUGGCCCACAAGGGCCUCAACGUUCUGCUUCGGCACCUCCCGAACAGAUGCAGAUGCAGUACGGCGUCCACAGGCGUGGCUCGGCCAGCAGCCGUGGUAGCGGCAACAAGCGCGUUAGCCCUCCUCCAAUCACCGCUAGCAUCGACGAGACCAUUCACGAGGAUCAGGUCAUCAUCAUCCCAGAGCCCGAAAACCCUCCUCUCCUCGCCGAGUUGCAGCAUUUGGCCGGUCCGCCGCCGCCGCCUCCCCCACCGAGCAUGUUCCAGCCUUCACACGGUCGCAAUGGCAGUGGCGUGAUCAAUAUCGCUAUCGACGAGCACCCUGUGGGGCCUAGCACCACUCCGGCUCUCGAAGGCCCAACCAUCCUGCCAACGCCAUCUAACAGCCCGGACAUGCACCGGCACCGCCGUGGUCGGGGCUCUGUCUCCGAGAGUAUCGGCAGUCGCCUGCGCGGCGUGACAGAGCGCAUGCGUAGCACAUCGCGGUCCGGAGGGCGCGCCAAGUCUCCGCCCAUGGACUUCACACCAUCGCCGUACGAGUCGGUCCAGAUGCCGUUCUCCUGGUCGCGUCAGAAUACCAGAUCACCGCCCAUUGCCGAGUACCGCGGCGCGUCUCCCUACGAAUCGGUCCCGCCGCCUCCGCCUCCUCCGCCUCCGGCGCCGAUGGCGGGUGGCUCCACCUUGAUGGAGCAGGUCAUCCCUCCCGAGAGGGACGGUAGGGGAAACGGAUACGUGAGGAACCCCAAGGAGAUUCGUGCCAACAUGCCGCCGGAGCAGCUGCAGUACGGCGUUGCACAGAGCGCGGGCGGCAUGAUCUAG